GGUAAAAAUUCCAUCGAGUUCUCCGGACACAUGAUUAGUAUCUCCGCUAUAAAAGGGGACAUGCUAACUACCUCCCUUUUCUAAGCUUUCUUGUACAAAAAAAUAAAAUCUAAGUAUUAAAAAAGACCUUAGCUUUCUCCAUCACUAUUUCCCCAUUACCAUUUUCUGCACCAUGGCCGAUGCAGCUGUAACGCCAUCUACCGAUGCUGUUCCACCAUCUACUACUACUGAUCCAGUAGUAGAAGAUGAGAGGAAACUCAAAUAUCUGGAUUUCGUUCAAGUUGCAGCGAUCUAUGUGAUUGUUUGCUUCUCAACUUUGUAUGAAUACGGCAAAGCAAAUUCCGGCCCGUUGAAACCUGGUGUUCAGGCCGUAGAAGCCUCUGUUAAAACCGCCAUUGGACCGGUUUAUGAGAAGUUCCACGACGUACCUUUCGAUCUCCUCAAGUUCAUCGACCUAAAGGUAGGAGACUUGAUAACAGAAGUAGAUAGCCAUUUACCUUCCCUACUAAAGCAAGCAUCAUCCAAAGCUCUAUUAAUAGCUCAUAGGGCACCAGAAAUAGCUCGAGAUCUCACCAGCGAGGUACAGCGCAAUGGUUUAGCAGACACAGCGAAUAACAUAGGUAAAGCACUGUACACAAAGUACGAACCAACAGCCAAGGAUCUAUAUGCAAAAUAUGAGCCAGUAGCCGAGAAAAAUGCAGUUUCAGCAUGGCGGUCACUGAACAAACUUCCUUUUUUUCCUCAAGUGGCUCAGAUUUUGGUGCCGACGGCUGCUUAUUGGAGUGAGAAGUACAAUCAAGUGGUAAAUUAUGCGUCGGAAAAUGGUUAUGCAGUAGCACAUUAUUUUCCGAUUAUCCCCGUUGAGAGAAUAGCGAAGAUGUUUGAAGGUGGCGCUGCCACAGAGAACGAGCAGCCCGUUGCCUCAGGACAAUGAUCAUUUCGCAUUUUGAUUAAUGGGCCGUGGGGUUAAUAACUUGGAUUUUGUUUGUUGGUAGUAAUUGUUCCUCUUUAUAUCAUAUGCCAUUUCUCAAAUUACUUAAUAUAACUGUAUUUACUCGGUUAUGUUUACUAUGGUUUGAGCAGUGUUGUAAAAGAAAUGAGGUGGGGAAGUUGGUUAGGAGACACGGGCAAUCUCCACAAAUGUACGUUUUGGGGGUUUAACAAAGUACAUUAUUUAAUAAUUACUCUAAAUGCCAAAUUUUAGAUUCUGGAAUAAA